AUGGAGAGCUCCAUCACACUCUGGCAGUUCCUGCUGCAGCUUCUGCUCGACCAGAGCCACAAACACCUCAUCCGCUGGACGUCCAACGACGGCGAGUUCAAGCUGCUCAAGUCAGAAGAAGUGGCCAAGCUGUGGGGGCUGCGCAAGAACAAGACCAACAUGAACUAUGACAAGCUGAGCAGAGCCCUGCGCUACUACUACGACAAGAACAUCAUCAAGAAAGUGAUCGGCCAGAAGUUUGUCUACAAAUUUGUGUCGUUCCCCGAGAUCCUGAAGAUGGACCCUGCGAUGGUGGAGUCUGGUCGUUGCAGCGAGGAAAGUGCGACAUCGGAGCCGGACGCUGAAGACGAGGACGGGAGUGGCAGAAACGAAUACCUCCACUCUGGCCUGUACUCCUCCUUCACUGUCAGCUCCCUGCAACACUCCCUGGAACAACACCGGCCGAUCAAGAUGGAGCCCCGGUCCGGUCGCCACGACGACAGCUCUUCUGUCAUCCGGUUCAUAACUAACCGUGGUCACUCCUCCCUCCCCUCCACCCCACCCCCAUCCUCGAGUGACACCUCACACUCCUCCAGGCCGUCUCCCGGGCCGGCCCGCUCGCCCACCUGCUCCACCUCUCCGCAACAAAGCCCCAACCACGCGUAUUGGAGGGGGCGGAGCCAGAGCACAGAUACUGAUGAGUCGGAGCAGAUCGCUCAACCUUUAAACCUGUCGUCAGGUCAGAGAGAAAGGGAGAGGUCACAGAGCACCACCACGCCAGAGAGGAGGGGCUUGGCCAAUGGUGGGCCUUCGAAGAGCAGGAAACCCAAAGGCUUGGAAAUCUCCGCCUCCUCCCUCCUGCUGACAGGAAGUGACCUUGUCUCCAUCGCCCUCAACAGCCCGGCUUUGCCUUCAGGGUCCCUGACCCCAGCUUUCCUCACCGCACAGACUCCGUCUGGUCUGCUGCUCACACCCAGUCCUCUGCUCUCCAAUAUCCAUUUCUGGUCCAGUCUGAGCCCGGUGGGACCCCUCAGCCCUGCACAGCUUCAGAGCCACGCCCCCCUCUUCCAGUUUCCCACUCUGUUAAACGGACACAUCCCAAUGCCAUUCCCCUGCAUGGACGCUCCCCUGCUGUUGUCCCCCGGCUCCCACAAGUCCUGAUGUCAACCCCAUUAAAGAGAGCUGGGCCGAACCAGACUGAGUGGGUCCAGAUCAGGACAAAGCCAGUCAGCUUUAAUCUCUGCUGAGGAACAUCAUUUCUGGAGACAGGCUUCCCCUGAGUCUGAUUACACUUUGAUUUGAAACCAGUUUCUUUACGGUGAUCACGUAAAGACACGGGAGCUUCACUCUGAAGCUUUGCUCUCUGAGAGGAGUAUUUUGCUUUGUGUGUUUACCACAGUUAAACUGCUCAUGUUCAUUUCAUUUCUGUUUUAAUGUUUUCUUCUUUUAAGGAUGAAAAAUCCUCUAAAUUUAUUUUAAUGCAAAAAAAAAUGCACAUCUCAUCUCAUGUUCUCUCAUCUCGCUCCACUUGGUUUAGGUUUAAGAGUCACGGACUGUUAUUGCAGUCUACUGCAAUUUUAUGAAUUUUAUUUUCUGCCCCGACUCAGACAAUGGAGAUCUUGGGAAAUCCUCAUCAGAAACUCUCACACCUCAGAGAGACAGACUGUAUAAGUUUACUACAGAAUGUCAUUAACCUACGAGACCCGAGUGCAGCUUCUUUACAUGAAUAGAUGUUCACAAGAAAGUUCAGUUCGAUUAAAUUGUAUGUGUAUAGCGCCAAAUCACAACAGAUAUUAUCUCAGGGCACUUUACAUAGUAAGGUCGAGGCCUGACAAUAUUAUAGAGAAACACAACAGUUCCCACAACGAGCAAAUACUGACGACUGUGGAGAGAAAAGAAAACUCCCUCAUUACCUAGAAGAAACUUCUAGAACCAGAUUUAAUGUGGACGGCCAUCUGCCUCGACCGGUUGGGGUGAGAGAGGAGAAGAGGGGGAGAGAAGAGAGAGACCAGGAACAGUUGUGUAACCCUCAUAUUUGAGUUCUGUCUGACUGGCUAAUAUAAUGAAAAUUAUUAGAGUUAUAUUCAUAGAUGUAAUAAUGUUGUUCUUGAUAACAGCACCAGAUAAUCAUGACUAGACUUAUUAUUAUAAUAAUAGUUUUUUAAGAAGUGCGCAGUGCAUGAUGGGAGUUCCCCCCAGCAGUCUAGACCUAUAGCAGCAUAACUAAGGGAUGGUUCAGGACUCACCUGAUCCAGAACUAACUAGAGGCUUUAUGAAAGAGGAACGUUUUAAGUGUAACCUUAAAUGUGGAGAUGUUGGUUCCACAGGAGAGGAGCCAGGUCGCCGAGGGCUCUACAGGAAAUGCAAUUAAAAUCUAAAUCUAGGACGUGAUAACCAAAUAUCCAUCAGAAAACCUGUGUAAGGAAAACAGAUUUUUUUUACUGAGGACUGAAUGUUAUUUUGUCAAAUUCAAGGUGAUGCCAAGAAGUAGUUCAGCUCCUAACCACGCUGAAACCACAACAUGUCAAUUUUACACUUUGGUCUUUGUAGGGAUUAAACAAACAGGCAAUAACACAUUAACUAGUGAGAGUUAGACGUGCAGGUAAGCAGAUGUUGGGCUGUUCUCACCUGUUUCAAGUCUCCAAAUAUAAAAUCCAGAACUGGGACCAUAACUGGAUGAUUCGACGCUACAGGCUUCAUAGGCCUGUAAAGAGACCUUGCUAUGACUGAUAGCAAGUCAAGUUUUUUACCCCUGUGCUUAGUUUCAAUAGACCAUAUCUAUUGCUAGUUAUUUAAUAGUAUAAAAUUGGACACGUGGACACAAGAGAGGACACCUUCACCGACUCCUAGCAGAGCAGCUGCUGGCCGGAGCGGUCUUUUUGCAUUGCUUUGACAAGUUGACUCGACGCUGUGAACUUAACUUCAGCUGCAGUUUCAUGCUUUUGUUUUUAAUGCACUGUUUUGUUUGUUUUUGACGCCUCGUACCAGCUGUGCCUUCGAUAUUGUAAGAUUUAUGUAAAUGUAUUAAGCUUUAAAAACAAGGUUGUAACAGACAUUCCAGGUCAAAACUGCACAGAAGUGUCUUUUUUUGUAAAAUGGGUCCUGGUUAUUUUUAUAAAGAGAUGAAUGGAAGUGUAUUCUCAUGAUUUGUUUGCUUGGGAGAAAUGUUUUUUUGAAAAAUAAAAUGACUUUUCAGAGA